CAUUUAAUUCCCACUUUAUGUCCCAGCAAUGCCUUCUCCAGAUACUUUUCCCAGCAAAUCAACAUCCCCCACUGAACUACCAGACAUAAUCAAACAGUUCACCAAAGCUGCCAUCAGAACCCAACCCUGGGAUGUACUAGCUACGUGUAUCUGUUGUUGUUAUAUCGGGUACUUCUCUGCCCUGUCCAAAGGAGACAUUCUACCAACCAAGGAGAGGCUGGAGAGGCCUGUCGCCACACAGAAGACAGAUACCGGACUAACUCCAGGCCUGCUCAAGGUCCUAAACAAACAGAUACUCAGUAACCCACAGAAUGACACCAGGCCUCCUCUCUCAUAUUUGGUACUCUAGCUUGCCCCUAUUAAAACUGUCCACGGUAGUUGAAACAUUGAGAGGAACCAAGCUAAUUGAACCCCUGUUCUCCCUCCUCUCUCCAUGUAUGUUUCUAGCCUAUUCCCGAGACAAUCAGUAUGGAGGAGCUGCAGCAGAAGUGGAAGGGUCUGUGUCAUCCCUCAGAGCAGCUGGACUCUGCUGGCCCUGGGGAACUUCUUCGCCAACAUCCACUGGAUGCAGUUAUUCGCUCUGUAAGGGGUGAUUGACUGGUUCCCAUAUGUCAGUCAGUCUCCAGAGAGAAAAUGUGGUGUAGUUCUUAUAAGUACCACAUGGAGGCAGUAUUGCACUGUCUUGAUGACCCAGGGUUUACUGACUUUUCUGUGUGUGUUCAGAUCUUCAAUGCCCUGAGGUAUGCGUGUGAAAUCCUGACAGAGUAUGAGGGGGGUGGAGCGGCGACGAUGCCCUUUCAUCUGUUCGCAGGGCUGUACACCUACCUGGCCCACCUGGGCGGAGAGAUCCCCAGGACCAGAUAGACAGCUUCCUAAGCAGCCUGCAGAAGCCUGUCUGAGUACACUACCCUACACAUACUUUCUCUAUCACUCUGUAGCUGUCUGUCAGUCUCUCUCAAUAUCUAUCCCCCUCUGUCUCUACCUCUCUCAUACUAUCUAUCCUGUUGUUCAUUAGCCGUAUAGGCCUAGUACAGUAGUCACAUUGGUUUGUAGGGCGAGAACAUACCUGUAGUAUUCACAGCAUAUCUGUACUGUGGAUGGGACAUUACAUUACAAAGGCGGUCAAUACCCUCUCAAAUAUCCUAACCCUAAUUCUAUUGGCUAUCAUUGCGUAAGAUCUGAUUACGUUAUCAAACACUGCCUAAGACGAUUGGGAAUAUACCCUCAACAUGAGAUGGUAGAGAUACUGUAGUUAUAAUCAUAGAUUUGAUAGUAAGCAGCAUGAAAUGGUUCUAAAACAAGGCAUUAAUGUUUACACCACCAAACAGAAUGACAUGAUUCAGGUGACUAACUUCUACAGCGGCAAAAACUGAGAAUAGGAGAGGGAGAGAGACGAUAGGGAAGAGGAGAAGGAAGAAACUGAGCAUAGCAGGAAAAAAGGGUUUAAUACUUACUCUACAAAUACAUUCUCAAAAUCAACAUGAAUUCAGGAUCAGUGAUGUUCUUCUCUAUUAAUGCUCAGAUUUGGACAAUAAUAAUAAAUAAUAGCCAGUGCUUGAAUUAUAUCUCAAACUGAAUGCUCUCACGGUCAUUGAGUUUGGUCCAUAUCUUAUUGAGAGUUGCUGUGAUAUUACAUGGAAGGCUACUGUAUGUAAGUUAGUAUCACUGGAUCCAAUGACACCCGCUUCUGUCAUGACAGGUUAGUCGAUAGUUAAUUUGUCAUGCUCAUGGCUUAUCAGUCAAGUGCCUGUUGCAUUCUCUUUCCACUUGGCAUAUUCUGUGAGAGGUUCUGAGACAGAGCGAUUGUCAGCUCUUGUGAAAUGGAGAUAGUGUUGGUAUCAGUGGUCCUCUCGACAAUAGAACAGACACUGAUAAGGCUAGUGUGAGUGAGAGAGCCCCCAGAUCAUCUGUUCAAAGCUAACACACACACUGGUACACAGUAGCACAUGCUGUAAUACACAGAAGAUUGCCUGUGUGUGAUAGUGAAAGCCAGAGAACACAUCACUGCAGUGGUGGAACACAGGAAUCAAAACAGAUAAUCUCUCACUUUCUGUUUUCCCAUACAGUCGUCAUGUAGGAUGAGGAAAUAUUACAAGGAAUUGACAUCUAUGUUUGACAAUGUAUCGAGAACUCUCAUUGCAUAUACCAGUUGACUGCUUGCAGCAUAGUAAAAUCAUCUCUCUAUCAUGAAGCAGCCUAGGUAGAUACA